UAAUUCAACAUCUGAUAUAUGGAGUUUGCAAACAUGAUUUUUGGAAUGGUUACAGGAGAUUAUUUAUUUGAACUAGACAAGGUAUCAAUUCACUUAUGAAUAAGGAGUUAGAGAAGCAAAGGAUAUAGUAUAAAUGUAGAUAAAAGGAGUAAUGAAGAGAAUUUAACAAUUGCAUUUCUGGAAUCUAGAUAUUCUACUAAUUUUUUAUUAGAUGCCAGAAUAUCUUACGACUACUUAGGGAAAUAUUUAAGAGAGAGCUAUUUUUUAAUUAGAAAGAUGAAUAGUGUUGAAAUUCAAUAUAGAUCAGGGUGUUUAAGUCUUGAAUAUGAGAGAAAGUAUUUCUCCUUCAGAUGGUUCAAAUAGAAAACAGACAAGAAGAUUGGAAAUAAUAAGAUAAGUAAGGAGGAAUACAAGAAAUAAAUUGCUCAUAGGAAGAUCAAUUAAGAGUAAGAAGAAUUAGAUUUAUAAGGGGAUUUAAGAGGAGUAUUGAUUAUAGCAUUUAUCAGUAGACAUCUACUAGAAUCUUAUGAUGGAUCAAAUUCAUAGACUGUUGAAGUAGAAGUUCUAUAGUCAAUUAUUUAAGAAUAUAGGAUUUAUAAUUAUACGAAAGAAAUAAGGGAUGUAUGUUGAUGAUUGUGUGAUAGAUAGAUCAUUCAUUAGGGUAUGGAGAAUGAAUUAAUUUGGAAUAAUUAGAUAGUAUAG